GUUGCAGCUCGUGACCACUGUACGCAGGGACCAGUGAAAGCAGAAAAGGAAGUGGAGAGGACACCUUGAUUUUUGUGCUUGGGAAAAAGUGAAAGCCUGUGUUGAUGCUUCUUGCCAUCGUCCCAAACUCUUCGGUGAGGACUGAAACAGUCGUGGACCACCACUGCAGAGUCCGGAAGGAAGGUGAGAGAAGAAUCCAGAUUCUAAAGGCAGCAGUCAAGUUUCUGCUUUGAGAUUUAGCAGAAGAUUCUGAUGGAGGAGGAUAAUACCCAGAGAGAGGAGCCGAAGCAAGACCGAAUUGGUGACGUGCCUAUUGAUUCCAGCAAGAUCAUGGCAGAGCAUAGCCACCUGCAAAAGCAGCUUGAUUUACAAAAUGGUAGCUUAGAGGCAGAUUUUGUGACAAAUUCCCUGGAGGACGAUUCCCAAAACAUGAUGGAGAGCUUGAGCCCGAAGAAAUACUCUUCCAGUCUGAGAUUUAAAGCCAACGGAGACUAUUCUGGCUCUUAUUUAACCCUCUCUCAGCCAGUGCCUGCUAAGAGAAGCCCUUCCCCUCUGGGAACCAGUGUCAGGAGUAGCCCCUCCCUGGCCAAAAUCCAAGGAAGCAAGCAGUUCUCCUGUGAUGGAACUGACAAAAGUCUUUCCCUGAAGCCGCCUACUCCUCUACUCAGCACCUCCCCGUCCCUCAGCGGGUAUCCACUUGGGAGAGGGGACUUUGAUCAUUAUACCAGCCGCGACAGUGAAAGGUCUUUGAGGCUCACAGAGAAGCCUCCCUAUUCCAAAUAUAGCUCAAGGAAUAAAUCCCACGACAAUGUCUACUUUCUCGGGGGACUGGAAGGCCGGAAGGCGUCUGGCUCACUCCUGGCCAUGUGGAAUGGAAGUCCCCUGAGCGACAGCGGCUUCUCUCCCAUCAGCCGGUCAGGGGCGGCGAGCAUGCCUUCAAGCCCAAAGCAAGCCAGGAAAAUGAGCGUCCAGGACAACCUGAUCCUUCAGCCCAAGUUGACCCGACACAAGGAGCCGGCGUUGGAAAACGUGGGUUUAAGAACUAGGAAGUAUUCGGGCAGCAGCCUGAGUCACAUGGGGGCCUACAGCCGCUCUCUCCCCAGGUUGCACAGGGCCACAGACAACCAGCUGACACCCCUCACUUUGCCUCCCAGAAACUCCCUGGGCAACUCCAAGCGAACGAAACUGGGGGAAAAGGAUCUACCUCAUAGCAUAAUAGACAAUGACAAUUACCUGAACUUUUCUUCUUUGAGCUCAGGGGCUUUACCCUAUAAAACCCCCAUGUCUGAGGGCAACCCUUACGUAAGUUCCACCCUCAGUGUCCCUGCCAGCCCUCGAGUGGCUCGGAAGAUGCUUCUGGCCUCCACCUCCUCCUGUGCCUCCGACGACCUUGACAGGGCUUCCUAUUCGGGGCCCAGCCCGGGUCAUUUGUUUCCCGCUGGAGAGCCGGACAGAGUUUUUGCCACCAGGAGGAACUUCUCUUGUGGAUCUGUCGAGUUUGAUGAUGCAGAUUUGGACAGCCUCAGACAGGCCUCAGGAACUCCCCAGCCCAUCCUUCGGGAAAGGAAAAGCAGCAUUAGCUCCAUUUCAGGCCGUGAAGACCUGAUGGAUUAUCACCGGCGGCAGAGGGAGGAGAGACUCAGGGAGCAGGAGAUGGAGCGACUGGAGAGACAGCGCCUGGAGACCAUCCUCAGUCUCUGCGCUGAGUACACAAAGCCCGACAGCCGCUUGUCCCCCGGCACCACCGUGGCAGAUGUGCAGAAGAUCAACAAGGAGCUUGAGAAGCUGCAGCUCUCUGACGAGGAGUCUGUGUUUGAAGAAGCUGUGGUGAGCCCCGACACCCGCUACAGGUGCCACCAGAAAGGCCCUCUCCAAGACGCGGUCGCGGCGGUCUUCGGGGGCGGCGGUCAGAGCAGCGCCAGCUUCCUUUCCCCCAGGAGCAUCAGGAAUGACGACCUGCUCAGGGACCUCACGGCUGCCUUCCUGAAACCUUCCAGCGAGUCCGCUUAUCUCAGUAUCCUACCGAAGACCCCAGAGGGUAUAAACGAAGAACAAAGGAUUCAGGAGUUGGCAGCAAUGGAAGAGACCCGGAUAGCAAUUCUCAAUAACCUCGAGGAGCUUGAACAAAAAAUCAAAGAUAUAAAUGACCAGAUGGAUGAAUCUUCCAGAGAGUUGGAUAUGGAAUGUGCCCUUUUGGAUGGAGAACAGAAAUCUGAGACAACUGAACUUAUGAAAGAGAAGGAGAUUUUGGAUCAUCUAAACCGGAAAAUAGCGGAACUGGAAAAGAACAUUGUUGGUGAAAAGACCAAGGAGAAGGUAAAGCUUGAUGCUGAAAGGGAAAAACUAGAGAGGCUUCAGGAGCUUUACUCCGAGCAGAAGACCCAGCUGGACAAUUGUCCUGAGUCCAUGAGGGAACAAUUACAACAACAACUGAAGAGGGAUGCCGACUUGUUGGACGUGGAGAGCAAGCACUUUGAAGAUCUGGAAUUCCAGCAGCUUGAGCAUGAGAGCCGCCUGGAUGAGGAAAAGGAGAACCUGACCCAACAACUCCUGCGUGAAGUGGCUGAAUAUCAACGGAACAUUGUCACCAGAAAGGAAAAGAUUUCUGCCUUGAAAAAGCAAGCCAACCACAUUGUUCAGCAGGCUCAGAGAGAGCAAGAUCAUUUUGUAAAAGAAAAGAAUAAUUUAAUAAUGAUGUUGCAGAGAGAAAAGGAAAAUCUUUGUAAUUUGGAAAAGAAAUACUCCAGCCUCUCUGGGGGAAAAGGGUUUCCCGUCAACCCCAGUACUCUAAAAGAGGGCUAUAUCAAUGUAAAUGAAAUUAAUGAGCCAUGUGUCAAUUCCACGAAUCUAUCCCCUUCCUCUCAGUUCCCUGCUGAUGCUGAUGCUGUUGCCACUGGGCCUCCCACAGCUGUGCCGGUGAGCCAGCCACAAAAUAAAGAGCAUUUUAGAAGUCUGGAAGAAAGGAAAAAACAGCAUAAAGAAGGCCUCUAUCUGAGUGACACUUUGCCUCGAAAGAAAACCACACCUUCCAUAUCCCCACAUUUCAGCAGUGCUACUAUGGGGAGAAGCACCACCCCAAAGGCUCACCUGCCCCUGGGACAGAGCAACAGCUGCGGCAGCGUGAUGCCUCACUCACUGGCAACCAUGACCAAAGACUCCGAAUCUCGGAGGAUGCUCAGAGGAAGAAUGAAUUUCUCAGCAGGAGCAAUUAGUAAUUCCAAAAGUUCAAGUAUCAAAGGGUAUAAUCACCAGCAGAUGAGUGAAGGACAAAGGCAGAAACCUUCUGAAUUUUACAACCGCACAGCAUCUGAAUCAAAUGUCUACUUGAACAGUUUCCACUAUCCUGAUCACAGCUACAAGGACCAGGCCUUUGAUACUUUGAGCCUAGACAGCUCCGAUAGCAUGGAGACCAGCAUCUCUGCCUGCUCACCUGACAAUAUCUCCAGUGCCAGCACUUCAAAUAUUGCCAGGAUAGAAGAAAUGGAGAGACUUUUGAAGCAGGCUCAUGCAGAGAAGACGCGGCUGCUUGAAUCCAGGGAACGGGAAAUGGAAGCCAAGAAACGAGCUCUGGAAGAAGAAAAACGACGCCGAGAACUCCUGGAAAAACGAUUGCAGGAAGAAACUAGCCAGCGGCAGAAGUUAAUUGAAAAGGAAGUAAAAAUAAGGGAGAAACAAAGGGCACAGGCCCGACCUUUAACACGCUAUCUGCCUGUCCGGAAGGAAGACUUUGAUUUGCGAAGCCACGUAGAGACUGCCGGCCACAAUAUCGAUACCUGUUAUCAUGUAUCAAUCACAGAGAAGACCUGCCGAGGGUUCCUUAUCAAAAUGGGUGGAAAAAUUAAAACUUGGAAAAAACGAUGGUUUGUGUUUGAUCGGAACAAGCGUACAUUCUCUUAUUAUGCAGACAAGCAUGAAGCUAAAUUAAAAGGAGUGAUAUACUUCCAAGCCAUUGAAGAAGUGUAUUAUGAUCACCUCAAGAAUGCUAAUAAGAGUCCUAAUCCAUUACUCACCUUUAGUGUCAAGACGCACGACAGAAUCUACUACAUGGUUGCGCCAUCGCCGGAAGCCAUGAGGAUCUGGAUGGAUGUUAUAGUUACUGGGGCAGAGGGUUACACCCACUUCUUGUUGUAGUGAACUGGGCGCAACAGUCUACUUCAGGGCAGACUGCAAUCGUCUCUUACAAGAAUGAAGCCAUAUUCAAUCCCAGAUGGAAAGAGCCAACAGGCCCAUCCCUUUAACUGUGUGUACUCAGAACUCCUUUCACAUUAACAGGAAAUCAUUUAUAAAAGAGAAAAAGGGAUUUUUAAUGCAAAGCUUGAUGAUAAAUAGCAAAAGGAUUGAAGCACCUAUGAAAAAGAAAACACUAUUUUGGUAAACAGCAUCCCUUAGAGGAACAUUUCUUAUAAACUAUUUUUUAUCAGUUGUUUACUUUGGUGAAAUAAACUGAACAGUUUACAAAAUGUAUGUACUUGGAAAUAUGAAAUUAUUUUAACGCCCACAUUAUUGGCAUUGACGUUAUUCGUUAUUGACUGGCGUUUUAGAAAGCAUUUUGCUGAAGGUUAUUUUAUAAGUAGAAUCAAAUAAGGGGUUGGAGGGGAAUACAUUUUAGGAGUUUUGCCCUAAUUAUUAAGUACUGCACGUAAACCAAAGACUUGAUAUGACUUCUGUUCAAUAGUGGUAGUUUCAAGUGACAAACUGCAUUUAGUGUUACUCUCCAUUUUGAAAUGGGACUUCGAUGCCAUCAAUUGCCCAGGAAGUUGUCUCUGGAAAGUUACCACUGGCAUAAGCGACUGUACACAUAGAGCAAAUCACUUUUUGUAAAAGAAAAAACAAACAGUUCUGUGUCUCAGACAGAAGCAGUCCUAUUAGACAGACAUCCUGUCACUUUGAGCAAUUUAAAAUAAAGAGAAGAUAUCAUGUUUUGCUAAUGAUUUCUCCCUUCCCGGUGCUGAUAAUAAAGGUAACCGGUAGCCAAUUUCCUUUA